AUGGCUCCCGUCACACAUCGGUGGCGUCGCUCGUGUGUGAAAGUGCAGAACGGGUCAAGAGUCCUGGUUGAUGGAGGAGUCACGUUAAUAACACGGGCAGAGGAGGAGGACUGGAGGAGGACUGGACGAGGACUGGACGAGGACUGGACUAGAGGAGGACUGGAGGAGGACUGGAAGAGGACUGGAGGAGGACUGGAGGAGGACUGGAGGAGGACUGGAGGAGGAGGAGGAUUGGAGGAGGACUGGAGGAGGACUGGAGGAGGACUGGAGGAGGACUGGAGGAGGACUGGAGGAGGACUGGAAGAGGACUGGAGGAGGAUUGGAGGAGGACUGGAGGAGGACUGGAGGAGGAUUGGAGGAGGACUGGAGGAGGAUUGGAAGAGGACUGGAGGAGGAUUGGAGGAGGACUGGAGGAGGACUGGAGGAGGACUGGAGGAGGACUGGAGGAGGAUUGGAGGAGGACUGGAGGAGGAUUGGAGGAGGACUGGAGGAGGACUGGAGGAGGAUUGGAGGAGGACUGGAGGAGGAUUGGAGGAGGACUGGAGGAGGAUUGGAGGAGGACUGGAGGAGGAUUGGAGGAGGACUGGAGGAGGACUGGAGGAGGACUGGAGGAGGAUUGGAGGAGGACUGGAGGAGGACUGGAGGAGGAUUGGAGGAGGACUGGAGGAGGAUUGGAGGAGGACUGGAGGAGGAUUGGAGGAGGACUGGAGGAGGAUUGGAGGAGGACUGGAGGAGGAUUGGAGGAGGACUGGAGGAGGACUGGAGGAGGACUGGAGGAGGAUUGGAGGAGGACUGGAGGAGGACUGGAGGAGGAUUGGAGGAGGACUGGAGGAGGACUGGAGGAGGAUUGGAGGAGGACUGGAGGAGGAUUGGAGGAGGACUGGAGGAGGAUUGGAGGAGGACUGGAGGAGGACUGUGGACUGGAGGAGGACUGGAGGAGGACUGUGGACUGGAGGAGGACUGGAGGAGGAGAGAACAAACUCCAACUUGAAAUACUAG